CCAAUAAGAUCAGUGUUCUUCCGGCAGGCUAAAAUGGCAGCAGUUAGGUGAGGGAGAUAUGUCGUAGUUUUUCGUUCGAACAGCUUCUUUUGGUGGAGAAAAAUGGAUCAGAAGAAGUCACCGUUUUCGAUGCUUAACCUGCCACCUCACUGCCGUUUCAUUUGCGCAGUUGAAAAGCACCCCUACCCACUGCGCGUGUUCGCCGUACCAUGCACGUAGAACCCAGCGCUGUUCGUCGCCUCCCUGUACUAGUGCGCGUCAACAGCGGUCUGCUCCGAUAGACGAUCUGCCUACAGAAUGGGUGGCAAACAGAGCACGACUACGUCUAACCCGCGCGUCUCGACGGGCUCCGGUGACACUACAGGAGCGACGGCGGCAACAGCCGCGGCAGGCGGAGGACUGUCUUCCCUGCUCGCAGGCGCCCACCACUCCUCAAGCAGCACGGAUGCCAGACUCCGGGCGCGCAGCCUGUCGAGCGUGCUGAACCUGCACCCGGGCCAGCCCUUGAGCAUUCCGGCGUCUCAGAGCGGCUUCGGAACACCCGAGUCGCCGCCUGAGUCCGGAUCGAGCACUCCAGAUAGCACGCCGUUCGGCCGUGUCUUCGCAGCGCACUCGCUGCCCGUGCAGCUGGUCUCUUUCAACGGUAUCAAGUGCCCCGUCUGUUCAAAGUUUGUUCUGCCUGAUGAUGUAGAGUGUCACCUUGUCAUGUGCUUGACAAAGCCAAGAAUCGGCUACAAUGAUGACGUGCUCACAGAAGACAAAGGCGAGUGUGUCAUCUGCCUAGAGGAGCUGACUCGGGGAGACACCAUUGCUAGACUACCUUGCCUCUGCAUAUACCACAAAAGGUGCAUUGAUGCUUGGUUUGAAGUGAACCGCUCCUGUCCUGAACACCCUCUGGACUGACGUUGCUGUCAUCCUACACUUUUCUUUGCGAACUGCAAUGGAGCUGCCAAAUCCGGACCUGUUGUCUUCUACAUGACAACCACACGAUCUCACCAUGGACGAACCAACAACAACAAAAAUUAGGCACGAGUGCGAAUGCACAUUGCACACACCUGAAAGAGAUGACUGAAUGGCAGAGAAGGACCAUUGCUUUCGUUGGCAUCUUGGCUGCUUUGCUUUGCUGUCGCAUGUUGCUUAUUUUUUGGACACACUACUCUGCAGCAGUGUGUAGAUAAGCUUUCUUGCUUUUCUUUUCUUCUUCUUCUUCUAGCAGCCAUAAACUUUUGCAUGACUUGACAAAAUGACUUCUUGCUGUGAAAGGAAGUAACUUCCUACGAAAUUUGCUGUGCCUUGGUUUGUGCAACAUUGCUGUCAGGAGUCUGUGUCAGGGGCUCUUUAUUGCCAGCCAUGGCAGGCUGGACCAAACCUAAGAUGAGCAAGCAGCGUGGUUCCUUGUGGCUCAUUCUCUAGUUUUGUAAAAAAUGAUAAAAUGAGAUACAGAAGGCAUGAAAGGGAACCCCAGGAGUUGGUGCUGUGAUGAUCCAUAUGCUGUUGUGUGUUGUUGCCCCAUUACCAGUAUGGCAGUCUUUCCCUUCUCAAGCAUGUGAAUGUUCUUCGGCAGCGCUGCUCUCUCUUUCGUAAAUUUGUUGCACAUUCUUGCUCCCCUUGUUGGAGACAGUGCACCGCUUUCCUCAGCAGCUCUCUCUCUCAAAGUUGAUAACAUUGUCGGUGCAUUGCGUCAGACUGUUGCCCGCUUGUCGAAUUGCCUUGAAAAAAACAAUACAUGCACCACUCCCCACAUUUUUAUACAUAUACAUGAAAAGUAAAAAUAAAUAUUCUGCAGCCUUUCUUUCUUCUUUAAUUGCUGUUUCUCUUUUAAAAGUUGUGUAGGGGAUUUCCAGGUUGAUGUUACCAGAUCUGGGAUGUAGCUCAUGGCAUCACCAUGCUUUUUUUCCCUCACCUACCAUUAGAUGUCAAGCUCAUUGGCCAUAUUUUGUGCAUUACAUCCAUAAAGUUCUUUUUAGUUUCUUAGAUGCAGAGAAGUGGGGCAUUUUAGGCUCUUUAAUAAUGUAACCAGUACCAAAUUUGCCCAAAGUAUAGUGGCCACAGGCUGCAUUAUUUCUGGUGCCAUACCACUUGUUUCAGUGGUUUGUUUGUAUUGUGUCAUUGGAUUCAUUUCUGGAAAUGAGUUCAUUCAAUGGGUGCACUUUCCUCUUCCUCCUCCUCUCGCUACUUUAUUUUUAAACUUUAAACAUUAAACCUGGUCUUUGAGACUGGUGGUUGCCAUUGGCCUUGUUGAUAGUGACCUCUAGCUGGUUAAGUUUUCCUUCUUUAGUGCCUGCUUGAUAAGAGUGUUUAUAAUGGUAUGCUGAUGUGAUGUGAGGCACCAAUAUUAGGCAGUGGCACGAACAGGGUGCUGUGAUCGCAGUGCUGCAGAAGAUGCCUUAAUGCCUCGCGCUCUGUGGCACAUGCAUCAUGGCACUAGUCUGAAAGGGUGGAUGCAUUUUGGCCUUUUUUUCUAUUCAGCAGGAGCUCUGUGGCUUGCCCUUGUGUAGGUUUUGCAGUGCUUGUAUGUCUAAAGGAAGAUGCUUCAAGAAGGGUUCUGUGAAUGUGCCACAUUUGAAGACACACUUAAGUGAUGGUGUUGUUGGCGCAAUUACAGUGUCUGCAAUCGUUAGCAUUGCAUUGUGCUCCAAAGUGCAAUCGGUUAAAAGUUGUGUGUGCAUGCGUGUGUGUGCACCUGUGCUUGCUUGCAACAUGGGAAGGUCCGAAGGAUAUUACACAUGCCAGUGUAUUACGUUCCUUCAUGUUUCCUGCACCCCUUUCUUUCCCCCUCCCCCUCCCUUCUUUGCAGCCAUCUAAGUACUACACUCAAGGCAGUAAAGUUAGAACUCGUACAAAGUGUUUGCUAUGUACGUGUGAGAGAGGUUGGUUGUUUUGUAUAGGGGGAGUGAUAUUUUUUGUAAAGUUCCGCAGUACCAAAUUGCCUGUAACUGCUUGUAGCAUAUGUGUGUGUGCGUGUGUGUGUGCGUGUGUGUGUGUGAAUAUUGUGUACGAAUAUUAAAGAAAUAAAAUUAUAUCACAUUUUUCUAACUUUCA